CUGAGGAGAGAGAGAGAGAGAGAGAUCGAACAUCACGACAAAAAUGGCCGGUCAACGAGUUGUUUAUCUUCUUCUUCUACUGAUCUUCGUCCUCAUAGAGCACGAAUGUUACGGUCAGAAGCAACAUCAGGAGGAUCCUUGUCAGACAAAAUCAAGAGUGGUCGGCGAUAUUGAAUAUUGCGAUCGUUAUUGGGAAUGCGUUAACGGUAGACCAGAAUUAUUUGAUUGCCCUAAUGGUCUCGUAUUCGCUGGAAAACAUAGGGGUGUAACAGAGGGUUGUGAUUAUCCAUGGAGAGCUAAUUACUGUGAUGGUAAACGCCAAGCUAAUCCACCAAUAUCAGCGGACCAUUGCGAUUGGCUUUAUGGUAUAUUUGGCCAUGAGACAUCUUGCACGAGAUAUUGGACUUGUUGGAAUGGCACUGCUACCGAACAAUUGUGUAUUGGUGGUCUACUUUAUAACGAAAGGGCACGGUCCUGCGAUUGGCCCGAGAAUGUCGAGGGUUGUCAAAAGCAUCCACUUUGUAAUGACGACGCUAACGGCAACGUACCAUUAGGAAAGUCUUGCAAUCGUUAUUGGCAAUGCCAAGGUGGUUAUCCACGUUUACAAAGAUGCCCAGCCAUGUUGGUGUUCGAUAGACGAUCAUUGAGAUGCGUCGUACCACCUACCGAGGAUUGUGACGUACCAACGACGCAACCCAGUUUGGAUGGGGAUUUGCAAGAUGGUAGAAUCGAGCAAGAACCCGAAGAAGAAAAUUUACCGCCUGGCGUACCGCCACUUCCGGCCGGUGCCCUACCAAUUCCCCUUCGAGCACGUCCUAGAAAUUAAUUUUAAAUCGUUCCGUUGUAUGGUUUGAAAGAAAAAACGAAAAAGAAAAAAGCAAAAAGGAUAUGGAUAAAAAAAGGAAAAAAAAAAAAAAGAAAGAACACACACGCACACACACACACACAAACGCAGAAAGACGGACACACGAAACAAAAGAACGAUGAAAGUUACACGCUUUUGAGAAUGAGCUUCCAAAUUGUAAUGUUUUCUUUUUUUUUCUUUUUUUCGUUUUUUCUUUUUCUUUUUUUUUUUUGUUUUCGUAUACUUAUUAUUUUCUCUUCCAUUACGUCGUAAAGCAUCGAAACAUUAGGGGUUGAAAUCAUUAUCAUAGAAUUAUUGAAAAAUAGUGAUUACUUUCGAGAGAAAUUGUAUCUCUCCCAUACGUUUCCAACCCAUCACCUCCCAGCCUCCCACCCCCUAUGGGCCCUCUUUACCACGGUUUUUGUUUUUAUUUUAUUUUAAUUUUUUUCUUUAAUGUUCUCGGUCCGCAAGUAAACGAAACUUAUAUAUUACCUUCGGUAAUAGCGUAAGCAUAAUUGAGCGUUAGAUCGUUAAGUUUCUUCCUUUCUAUCUUUCCUUGUUUUUCGUAUUAUUUUUCUCUUCUUGUUUUUUUUUUCUUCCUUGUUUUUCUUACUUUCUUUUUUUUGUUUUUUUGUUUUUUUACAAACACAAAACCCACCCCUCAUCAUUCGCUCCCUCGUUCAUCCCUUGGUGAAGAUGUGUAAAUAUUUCUCCUUUUAGCCAUUUCUCUACUAUUAUUAUCUGCCCUUCGCCUCCUCCUCCUUCCUACUCACCCUCCCCCCCCCUCCCACCCACACAUCACCAUUUUCUUAAUCGUAUUAAAAAUGUUCAAACGCAAUUACACCUGCUCGAUGUAGAAUAUACAUGAAAUAAACUGUAUAUUGUAUAUUUUUUUUAGACGCCGCUAAACGUUUCAUUCCACGAUUUUCCCAGUACCUAAAUAUAUAUAUAUAUAUAUAUAUAUUUUUUUUUUUUUUUUUUUUUUCAAAAAAGUAUAACAAAAUUAUACUACGGUAGUUCGAUUAAAAAUAAACUAUGUGUUCGUAUAGUUACGAACGUUAUCGAACAAUUGUCAAGGCAAAUGUAUUACGGCCUUUCAUUUUUCUUUUUUUUUUUUGUUUUCUUUUUUGUCGAUAUUGCUCGUAACAAUAAUACGUAAAUACGUUGUAAUAUUGUGUGUAUGGUAUGAAUGUAAUAUAUUCUCGACCUCAGAGACCUUGAAGUAGGAUAUCGAGAAAUAUUUUUUCCAAGUAUUAAUAUCUAUUACUAUUACUAUUAUUAUUAUUAUUAUUAUUUUUAUUAUUAUUAUUAUUAUUAUUAUUAUUAUUAUUAUUAUUAUUAGUUCAUUUAUAUUUUAACACGCAAAGGAUAUAAGAAAUUGUGAUUGUAUUGGUGUGAUUGGUUCAAUGACAAUUAUGACAAAUUAUUAUGACAAUUAUCAUAAUCGUACGUUGAUAUAACCCUUAAUAGAUUUUUAUUUCAAUUUGUCAAUCAUUAAAUAGAAAAUAUUACAGAUAAUUUUUAUAACGAAUAUUGAUACAUCUAUAUUUAUAGACCAAUACGAUGAACGGCCAUAUUUCAUCGAUAUAUUUUAUUUUGCCCCCAUCAAAGAUAGAUAUUAGAUUUUUCAUCCGUUGUAAUUAUUUACAUCGUAGUUGUAACUAUGACGUAAGACGUUCACAUUCUUCUUCUUCUUCUUCUUCUUAUUAUUAUUAUUAUUAUUAUUCGUCUUCUUCUUCAUGUACAGUGUGUCAUGUUUCUUA